AUGCAAUACAAGAAAGCGAUUCACUCCAUAACGAGGCAACAUCUAAAACAAUCUGCAAUCCGCAUCUCGAGGCCUUUUAAAAGUUUGGACACUUUGUAUGGGCGAGCUAUACACGAGUUGGAGCACCUCAGCCUUCCCCUUGCAAGUCGGCGGGCGAUUGUUUCCCAGUUCUGGGGAGUCGAGAGUGCACAAUCUCAGAAAGUCGAAUCCGAAGGUGAUCCUUAUUUCUCAUACUUCGAAAGACAAUGCCGAGAUGCACGGCAACUAGACGAUGCCGUGAGGCCAGUCUGCACGCAGCACAACAUCUGCGACAUUGUUGAACAACUGAAAACUGGGGAGACUCGAGAAAACAUCCGUGAGAAACUUCUUCAGAAGGCAACAGAUGACCCUUUUGGUGUGUUGAACACUCGAUUUUUCGAUCUCGCAAUAGACCUGGCCGUGCGGCUCUGGUUGAUGGUGCAUGCUGAAUAUGUUUAUCGAGGAGUGACGUCGCAAACGUCCAUCACGUGGCAGAGCGGCACUCUCAACGAGGCGCUCUAUGGACGUUUUCGUCACGAGCUGAUUUUAACGGAUCAGAUAAAGCUCGAAAGAGUCUUCAACGCUAUGAAUAUUGAACGCAUAGCUGAUGUAAGAAUUCAGUGGACGCCGAAUUUGGUGGACCAUCUUCGCUUCAUUGAGGAUGGAAAGACUGCUGUUCUCAACAUCUUCUACCAUGCAACUUUCCUAAAGUACCACACAGACAGUAAGAUAUAUCCUCCCGGACUCAUUGAAGAAACUCGCCGCACUCUGGCGCUGCUCUUGCCCCAACACGAUAAUGCCUGUAAGAAAUGGUUUCGUAGUCACCAUUCAAAGCUACGUCUCGAUCCUGCGGCUAUCAAUUGUGGACAUCUCAAGCUCGAAGAACGGCAGAUCACAAGAUUCAAGUAUUGGCAUGACCGUCUUGUCGUUAUCAAGCAGUUCUUUGACGAGUCCGAGCCACGGACUAUCAAGCAAUGGUGGUACGAUAAUAGGAAAAGGGUGCAGUGGUUCUGGGUCGCUAUUGUUCUAGUCAUUUGUACCAUUUUGUUCGGUAUUAUACAGUGUUUGAGGGGGGGUGGCAGAUCUGGAAAGCGUAUCAUUCUUAAAAGAUGA